GAUGGGGCUGAGUGGAGAAAUGGAUGGCUGCGGCCAAUUUAUGAAAUACAGCAUGUUUGUUUCAAAUUUCAUAAUAUUUUUGGGUGGACUUACAGUUUUCGGCUUAGGAAUAUGGACAAUUAUGGAUAAAAGUUUUGUAAAUGAAUUACUGGGAACCAACUUAUUCAUGGGUGCUGUUUACAUAAUUAUAGCCACUGGAGCUAUGGUAUCACUUAUAGCAUUUUUUGGAUGUUUGGGUGCCAUAAAAGAGAUCAAGUGUAUGCUGCUUUCUUAUUCUCUGAUCCUCUUCAUUAUCCUAGUGGUUAUGCUUGUUGGAGGAAUCCUAGGUUAUGUCUUUAGAGAGAAAGUGAGAAGGUCAAUGGAACAGGAAAUGAAUCUAUCGAUAAAAUUAUACAAAGAAAAACGAAGUAUCAGGAGAGCCUGGGACGAUACUCAGGAAAAUCUGCAAUGUUGCGGUGUCAAUAGCUAUACAGAUUGGCGUGGAGAAAUACCAGAUAGUUGUUGUAAAGAGAUUAAUGGGCAGAAACAAGGUUGUAAACUAUUUCAAAGCUCACUAAAUAUACAUUCACAAGGCUGUCUUAAUGUGACAGAAAAGUUUGUCAAAGACCAUGCCUCAAUUAUUGGUGCUGGAGCCGUUACCGUUUCCUGUUUGAUGGUCCUGGGCCUAAUAUUUUCCUUAGCGAUGUUCAAAAUGAUAGAAUGAUCAUAAUUUAUUUGUAGUUACAAAUAAUUAUUUCCUGAAUCUUGAAUCAUUAUUAUUUUGAGUGUGUUAAAUAACCUGAUUUACUUCUAAAUUCUUUGUUAUACAUUCAAAGAGUUACCCAUUCAGUUAAUUUAUAUUGCUAAAACGAAAAUAAUCAGCAGAACUUUUUUUCAUUAAUAAUUAGUAAUAUCAAAUUUAC